AUGAUGCAGCAGCCUAAUGAGUCAAGCCUUCAUGAAGAACAGCAAGUUCAAGAGGUUAUUGCAGUGAAUGAAAUCGAUGAGGUGAUGAAGAAAGUGCAAGAAGAUGUUGAAGAAGAUGUUGAAGUUGCUGUGAAUGAAGAUGUUGAAGAAGAUGUUAAAGAACAUGUUGAGAAUGAAGCUAUGAAGAUCGAUGAUAACGGAGAGAAUCAAAUGCAACAUUAUGUUGGACCUGGCACGAAUGGAGAUGACAAAGCGGUGAAGGAAGAAUUGAAGGAAAUGGAUGAGAAUCGAACUGCGAAAGUCGAUCAUGAUGGAAAGGCAAAAGCACAAGAGGAUGAGGGAAAUGAUGAAGCUAUGAAUGAUGGUGAUGGCAAGAAGGAAAAGAAGGAAACACAAGAAAAUGAUGAGAACAAAGCUAUGAAAAUCGAUGAAAACGAGGAGACUCAACAACAGCUCGUGUAUUUGAUUGGAAACGCUCAGUCACAACUUGGUUCGGUACAGCAAGAUUAUGCCGGGCAAGCCUGGGGAUACGCAUUCAAUGGCGCAACGGAGGGCUGUUUCAAAAGUGAUUUCAACGAUGAUUUCAACAUCACUUUCCUCAAGAACAAUCAACCACAAUCUGGUUCAGCCGGGCAAGCUUUUGCGGACGUAUUCGAUUGGGCCUAUUCCAAUGAUGACUUCAAUGUCAUUUUUCCCGAACUCGCU